AUGAGUGGGUCGGGUGAGGGUCGAUCAGUGGUGAAGGACUUUGCGGCGGUGUGUAUCGCAGCAGUGGUAUCUGAGACCGCUGUAGCUCCAUUAGAGAGAGUCAAACUGCUGCUGCAGGUACAACAUGCCAGUAAAUAUAUUCCAGCAAACAAGCACUACAAUGGCUUCAUCGACUGCUUCAUGCGUAUCCCGAAAGAGCAGGGUGUCCUCUCAUACUGGAGAGGCAAUCUGGCCAACGUGAUUCGAUACCUUCCCACCCAGGCCCUCAACUUCACCUUUAAAGACAGAUACAAGAUGCUUUUUCUGAAUGGCGUGGACCAGCACACACAAUUCUGGCGCUACUUUGCAGGGAACCUGGCAUCACGGGGUGCAGCUGGUGCCACCUCGCUUUGCUUUGUCUACCCGCUUGACUUUGCUCGUACCCGUCUGGCAGCCGAUAUUGGCAAGGCAAGAGCGGAGAGAGAGUUCACGGGUCUGUAUGACUGUUUUAGAAAAAUACUAAAGGCUGACGGGCCCAGAGGUGUUUACAGAGGUUUCAGUGCGUCGAUACAGGGCAUCAUCAUCUACAGAGCUGCCUACUUUGGACUCUACGAUACAGUUAAAAGUAGGUUACCAGAUCCAGAGAAUAUCCAGUUUGUAGUAAGCUGGAUGAUCGCGCAGAGCGUGACCACAUUUGCUGGAUUCAUUGCAUACCCAUUUGAUACAGUACGCCGCCGUAUGAUGAUGCAGUCUGGACUUAACAGUGCGGAUGUCCUGUAUUCAAGUACGAUGGAAUGCUGGAGGAGGAUUGCUCGUGAUGAAGGAAUGAGUGCCUUUUUCAAAGGAACUUGGUCUAACGUCCUCAGAGGAAUAGGGGGUGCACUAGUCCUGGUCUUGUAUGAUGAAAUGAGGAAGAUCCUGUGAAGGCAAUCCUACUACUGAUGUUAUGGGAAACAAGACUUAACAAUAGAGACCAAAAACACUAAAAUGCAGACAAAAAUACAGAUGUUGACCUGAGUAAUGUCUACACUCGGAACUGUAAUGUACAA